AUCUGUCUCUUUCAUUUCUUUUAUACUCCCUCCGGUCCGGUCCAAAAUAAGUGAUUUUUUGACAUAAGUGAUUUUUUCAUAUUAAUAGAAUAGAAGAGUAGAAUAUUAUGGUAGGAUUGGGUGAAAUGGUGGGGUUGAAUUUUCAGUACUAGUUGGUUAGACUUUUUGCUUUCUUAGCUUAGCAGAGAAAGGGAAAGAAAGAAAGAAAGAGAAAAAGUGUUGGAAAAGGGUAAAAGCUAAAGCCUUUUGGGUUGUUUUUUUUCUUCUGUUUUGUGUUUAUUCAUCUUCUUUGGGGUUCUUCUCUAAUGGGUUCUUGUUAAAAAGUUGAAAUCUUUACAUCUAAGUUUCACACUGGUAUUCACACUUUGCUCAGCUCAGGCUUCAACACAAUAUGAUUGUGUUAUUUGAAUCCAGCAAGCUGCUAUGCUCUGUAUUGUUGUCUCGAUAGAAUUCUUCGAUUCCUCUAGGAUUAAUUCCCGAAGAUGGUGAGACGUCAGCAAUCUUCAUUCUUACAUUAUUGAUUAUGGUGAACAAUCAGAUAGCAGUUGUGACCUCAAAAACAUGAUUGAGCUUUUCAUUUCUGGUCUUUGAAAGUUUUGCUGAGGGCAUAUUGUGCUUGCAAGGAGUAUCCACAUCAAAACCAACAUUGCUGACAGUGGAAUUUCCUUCGAGCUAAUCAAAAACGGAAACUUUAUAGUCGGAUAUAAAGCAUCAAAAGUUGUGAAAAUGAAGGGAUGUGGUAAAAUUAGUAUUUCCUUAUCUGACAAAAAGUGCCUAAAGAAUGAAGCGUCUAUUUCCAAACAAGAUUUUGCAAACAGUACAAGGGAACAAUUUAGUAAUCUUUUAGAGCAGCAAAACAUAUCUGCAAAGAGUGAUAUCAGCUCAGAGGUAGAACGAGACAACAAUGAAGGUGAUGGGAGGAGAGCACUCCUAAAUUCUGGAGAAAAUGGGUUAAGUUCCAUUACACAAACGGAGUCUUCAUGUUCUAACUCAGAUGUAACUCAUCAAGUUAAUUCCUCAAGUCAGGAAACAUCAACAGAAGCCAAAACAUGCAUGCAACAGAAUGGAAGUGCUUCUGCACCGAUUAGUUUCAUUUCUAGUAUGGAAGAUCCAGUGACAAGCAGUGAAGCUUCAGGUUUGGCUGCACAAAAUUCUGUCGGUAAUGUUAAAGCUAACACUAAGGCAUUGGUGGGGAUGAUUAAGGACCAAAAUUCCUUACAUCUCUCGACAUGCAGUCAUCAGUUGCGGAAAAAUCAUCGUGAUAAGGUUAGUGGAGGUGUUGAUUGUUGUGGUAACCAUAACUGCUUAGCUGAAACAAACAAAGAAAGCCAUUCACGUCAUUUCUGUUCCAAGGGGGAAAAAGAAAUUUUGCUGCCUCUUCAAUCAAAAAAUAGAUCGUCCUCAUUGGAAUCUGAAAAGAUGGGGGAUCCUGCAAAAAAGCUCGAGUUUAAUGGUGGCCUGAAAUCACCUGCUUGUCCACUCACAAAGUGUGAAAUAGAUCAGCGACAGACUUCAGUAGUCAAUAUGCUUGAUUUGAAUGAGGACGUCAACCAAAAUGAUUUGGAUGAUGAUGCGAAGCAAUCAAAUGGUCAAAAUAUAGUGAUACGAGUAGUAGCUAAAUAUGGAGUUCCUUUACCUCCCUUGUCUACGACUGUGAGUUCAUUGAAAUUUGAAGGCAGGCUAGGCUGGAGGGGUACUGCUGCGACCAGUGCUUUUCGCCCUGCUGCUUCUUUAUCCAAGAGUUCAGAUUGGGACACGAAAAGAAUUAUGGAGUUUGACCUUAAUGUUGCUGCUGCUUCAGAAGACGAAUUGCCAAGUGAAAAUAGGAUUACAUCAACUUUUAGAAGUUAUUCUUCAAAUCAUAGUUCAAAACAAGCAGAAAAGAUGUUUAACUUUGACCUCAAUUUGCUUGGCGAUAAUGCAGAUGAGAAAAGUUCUUUUCCUGUGAAAUCAGAAAAGUUGUCUUCAUUUUCCCUGAAUUUGAAUGAAGAUCCACAAUUUCAGAAGAGAAUAAUAGAAUCUUCAGCUUGUCCAGUCUUUUCCAGAGACAAUCAAGACCUCAAGUUUGUUAGAUUAGGCACCUGGGGAGACAUGAAGAACUCGGGCCAGCCAUUUCUAGUGGCUACACCUAAUAUGCAGCACACAGUGCAAAACAUGGUGCCACUGCAGUCAAAGUUACCAUACGCGGUCCAGAUGUUACCAUCUCAUAGUAGUUAUCCCUCUAACAAUGGUCCCUUAUAUAUUGCCCCGUGCGCAAGAGAUGCACAUGAAGGGGUCACAUACCCUCAGGUACUCAAUAUGUCAACGUUUCCUGGGGGUCCCUAUCUCAUCCACGGUCAAGGUCCGGGUGGUGCUAUGAACAGUCGAACAAGACUUGAUGUAAAUAGUGGACAAGUUUAUUUGAUGAAUGGUUUCAGGAAGGAUAAUAUUGCCACACACUUCUUUCCUAUACAAAGUACAGAAGAGCAAAGGAAAGUUUACCGACAACCGUCUAUGCCCAUGAAGAGGAGGGAACCAGAGGGUGGAUAUGAUUCUUUCCAGUCUGCUACUGCUUAUAAACAUACAAAUUAAUGCUUCUCUCAUUCUUAGCAUCCAUUUCACUUGGAAGUGCAAGCAAAUCUGUCGUCUUAACCGAAAUAUAGGACAUGCAUGGAACUACUCAUAGGUGGCUUUCUUAUAGCCCCAGUUUUUUCCACAGGGCAUAAAGAACCUUAGUGUUAUCUCUUCUUGCUUCAGAUUAAUUUUUCAGAUAUGUUCUGCAACUGGAUUAUCUUAGUGUUAUUGUACAUGAGACAAUUUCAUAUUCUUGAAACUAUGGAAUUGAUGGUGAUACAAGCAACAUAAGUUGAAAUCUUU